AUGGAGGAAGAUUUGUUCCAGCUAAGGCAACUACCAGUUGUCAAGUUCCGUCGGACAGGAGAAAGCACCCGAUCCGAAGACGAUACCGUGUCAGGAGAGCACGAAGUUCAGAUUGAGGGUGUCCAGACUGACUUAGAAGCUGUAGAGUUGGAAGAUGGAGGCAUUGUGCCAAAGGAGUUUGCCAACCCAACUGAUGAUACUUUCAUGGUGGAAGACGUGGUGGAAGCCAUUGGCUUUGGCAAGUUCCAGUGGAAACUCUCCGUUCUGACUGGCUUAGCAUGGAUGGCUGAUGCCAUGGAAAUGAUGAUUCUGAGCAUCUUGGCACCUCAGCUUCAUUGUGAGUGGCGAUUACCCACCUGGCAAGUUGCAUUGCUCACAUCGGUGGUUUUCCUGGGGAUGAUGUUUAGUUCCACACUGUGGGGAAAUAUUUCAGACCAAUAUGGCAGAAAAACCGGGCUGAAGAUCAGCGUGCUCUGGACCUUGUACUACGGAGUCCUUAGUGGAUUUGCACCAAUUUACAGCUGGAUCUUGGUCCUGAGGGGCUUGGUGGGCUUUGGGAUUGGAGGCGUCCCUCAGUCGGUAACGUUAUACGCAGAAUUCCUCCCCAUGAAAUCCAGAGCGAAGUGCAUAUUGCUGAUUGAGGUCUUCUGGGCCAUCGGAACUGUCUUUGAAGUCCUCCUUGCGGUGUUUGUGAUGCCCACGCUUGGCUGGCGUUGGCUGCUCUUCCUUUCAGCUCUCCCUCUUAUGCUGUUUGCCAUCUUGUGUUUUUGGCUGCCAGAAAGUGCCCGAUACGACGUGUUAACCGGUAACCAAGAGAAGGCCAUUGCUACAUUGAAAAGGAUUGCAACUGAGAAUGGCGCCCCGAUGCCUCUGGGGAAACUGAUUAUGUCUAGGCAGGAAGAUCGAGGGAAAAUGAGGGACUUAUUCACGCCACAGUUCAGACUGACGACACUUCUGCUGUGGUUUAUCUGGUUCUCCAAUGCUUUUUCUUACUACGGCCUCGUCCUGCUGACCACGGAGCUCUUCCAAGCGGAAGACCUUUGCAGCUUGUCCAGCAGGAGGAAAACGGUGAAGGGCAAAUGUAGCCUGGCGUGUGAAAUUCUGACGGAAAAGGACUACAUUGACCUGCUCUGGACCACCCUCUCGGAGUUCCCAGGGGUUCUUGUGACCUUGUGGGUGAUUGACCGGAUCGGCCGCAAGAAGACGAUGGCCCUCUCCUUCCUGGUCUUUGCCUUCUGCAGCCUCCUGCUUUUCCUCUGUGUCGGCAGGAAGGUGCUCACCGUACUGCUCUUCAUCGCCAGGGCCUUUAUUUCGGGAGGAUUCCAGGCCGCGUAUGUUUACACCCCUGAGGUCUACCCAACUGCCACCCGUGCCCUGGGUCUGGGGACAUGCAGCGGAGUGGCCAGAGUUGGUGCCCUCAUCACACCCUUCAUUGCCCAGGUGAUGCUGGAGUCUUCGGUCUACUUGACGCUGAUCGUCUACAGUGGGUGCUGCAUCUUGGCAGCUUUGGCCUCCUGCUUGCUUCCCAUCGAGACCAGAGGCCGUGGCCUCCAGGAAUCCACCCACAAGGAGUGGGGGCAGGAGAUGUUUGGGCGUGGCGUCCCCCAAUCGAACUCUGGCUCUCAGGGGUGA